CGUGAAACGGCGUUCAGCGGAGAGAGAGAGCGCAUUUAUUCCGCAUACGACAGAGAGCAGACAGACAGAGCGGCUAGCUAUGCGACAGCAGCAACGACAGACUAACGACAAGAUGUUGAGUUUCACUGUGCUGUGUGUGUGUGCCGUCGCCGGUGAAGUGUCCGCGCGCUCUACCAGCUGGAAUUUCCUGGAUGACAAGUCUUUAACAGCACGAUGGGACAAAUUUCGUGAUGAGCCAGGUACAUGGAAUCCUGGGAAAGCAUUUGAUCAAGGUCUGAACCCUGACCCCUGUCUGAAGGUCAAGUGUAGCCGUCACAAAGUGUGUGUUGCAGACGACGACCAGACUGCUGCUUGUGUUAGCCAGCGGAGAGUCAGUGUGAAGGAACCGGGCCUGUCUCUGAGUCCGGGGUCCAAAUGCAGACACUGUCCAGUGGUCCGUCCCUCUCCUGUGUGUGGUACUGAUGGACACAGCUACUCAACCAAGUUCAGCUCAGGGGCGGGGCCUAUCUGUAAGGAUCCUCUUGGUUGGAUGUUCUCCCGCCUCGACACAAACUUUGACCUCCAGCUGGACCAAUCAGAGCUCAGCAGGCUGGGGCUGGACAGGAAGGAAGGCUGCUCCGAUGCACUCUUCACUUCCUGUGACACACACCCCGACACACUCCUCCUCUCCAGCGCAGAGUGGUGCACCUGCUUCCAGAGAUACACAGACUCCCCCUGUUGGUCUGAACUGACCGGUAUUAACAAGAAACAGGCUGCGGAGAAGCUACCGGGUCAGUACCUGCCAGUGUGUGACGCAGAGGGCUACUACCGGUCCCACCAGUGCCACGGCAGCAGCGGACAGUGCUGGUGUGUCGAUCGCUAUGGCAACGAGGUCGCAGGGUCACGGACCCACGGAGCAGCAGACUGUGGGGCGGUGUUGGAAUCAUCUGGAGACCAGGGCAGCGGAGACUCUCUCUUCUCCGACGACGACUAUGACGAUGAUGAAGAUGAUGCCUUCGUCCUGAGCGACCAGAUCGAUGACGAAGAUGACGAAGACGACUAUGACGGAGAGGAAAGAUAUCUGUCGUAACUCCGUCACUCUGCACUUUGCCAGGGGACUUCAGCAGCAAGAAUAGUUGCUAGGCGACCUCGUCACCGCUAACAGACUAAAGACAUUUCUCUCUCUCUCUCUCUGCUGUGUCUCAAAUGUCCCCCUAUACCCUAGUCAGUUCCCCAGGGCCCAUUGGGUGCUGGGGGAAGUCAGUCCACUACAUAGUGUACAGGGCACCAUUUGGGAUGGCCCACUCUGUGUUUGUUGUCCGUUCCUAACUUAAAGGUGGACUCUGCAUUUUGACGCCAUCAUAAAUAACAGAUGUCAUCAACAACAACAAAAAACAACAACAACAACAGAAAUGUGAUCUGUGGGUUUCUGCCUCAGGAAAACCACAGCAUAGCCAUCCGUCCUGUUGUUGGGGUUGUCCCGUAACCAGGAAGUGACCUUGCUGUGUAUGACGUCAUAAUGAUCAGCCCACCUUUAGUAGCUGGUAAACGUUUGUUCAUGUUUCCACUUUCUCUGCCGUCUGACUUUGGAAUGGCCUACGUGGCUGUAACUCCGGGGAGUCGUCCAAUCAGCGAGAACUUCAACGACCAAUCAGAGUUUAGAGACUGGUUUAUCGACAGCCAAUCACAAGCUGUGGAUGGAGUCACAUGUGCAAUGAGCCCUUUCCUUAUUGGACAAUCAGUGUGUCCUCUCCUCUCUCUUCCUCUCCUCCCAUCUAUCUCCUCUCCUCUCUUCCUCUCCUCCUUCCUAUCUCCUCUCUUCCUCUCCUCCCUCUUAUCUCCUCUCCUCUCUUCCUCUCCUCCCUCCUAUCUCCUCUCAUCCUCUCCUCACUCCUAUCACCUCUCCUCUCUUAUUCUCCUCCCUCCUAUCUCCUCUCAUCCUCUCCUCCUCUCCUCACUCCUAUCUCCUUUCCUCUCUUCCUCUCCUCCCUCCUAUCUCCUCUCAUCCUCUCCUCUCCUCUCCUCUCCUCUCCUCUCCUCUCCUCUCCUCUCCUCUCCUCUCCUCUCAUCCUCUCCUCUCUUCUCCUCUCCUCUCCUUGUUACCUGUGUCCGAGUGAUGAUGGAGAGAUUGUCACUGUAUUCUAAUGUCUAUUGUUUUCCAAUAGAAACAGAAACAGACAUUAGGUAGUGAUUAUAUACGAGUCCCAAAUGGCCCUCUAGUCUCUAUGUAGUGCCCUACUUUAGACCAGGGCCCUACGGUCUAACCCCUAGUUCCUAUGUAGUGCCCUACUUUAGACCAGGGCCCUACGGUCUAAGCCCUAGUUCCUAUGUAGUGCCCUACUUUAGACCAGGGCCCUACGGUCUAACCCCUAGUUCCUAUGUAGUGCCCUACUUUAGACCAGGGCCCUACGGUCUAAGCCCUAGUUCCUAUGUAGUGCCCUACUUUAGACCAGGGUCUAACCCCUAGUUUCUAUGUAGUGCCCUACUUUAGACCAGGGCCCUACGGUCUAACCCCUAGUUCCUAUGUAGUGCCCUACUUUAGACCAGGGCCCUACGGUCUAACCCCUAGUUCCUAUGUAGUGCCCUACUUUAGACCAGGGCCCUACGGUCUAACCCCUAGUUCCUAUGUAGUGCCCUACUUUAGACCAGGGCCCUACGGUCUAACCCCUAGUUUCUAUGUAGUGCCCUACUUUAGACCAGGGCCAUACGGUCUAACCCCUAGUUUCUAUGUAGUGCCCUACUUUAGACCAGGGCCAUACGGUCUAACCCCUAGUUUCUAUGUAGUGCCCUACUUUAGACCAGGGCCAUACGGUCUAACCCCUAGUUUCUAUGUAGUGCCCGACUUUAGACCAGGGCUGAUAUGACUGUGGAGAAACAAAUAACAGUGUGGAACAAAAUAUGAAUCACAAACUAUUUUUAUAGUGAAUUGCUUCUAAAUAAAAUGUACCAGAUCUGAAUCCUAAAUGACUCUGUUCCCUAUGUCGUCCACUGAGCCCAGAGGAACCAGAUCUGAAUCCCAAAUGACUCUCUAUUCCUCAUGCCGUCCACUGAGCCCAGAGAAACCAGAUCUGAAUCCCAAAUGACUCUCUAUUCCUCAUGUCGUCCACUGAGCCCAGAGGAACCAGAUCUGAAUCCCAAAUGACUCUCUAUUCCCCAUGUCGUCCACUGAGCCCAGAGGAAUCAGAUCUGAAUCCCAAAUGACUCUAUUCCCUAUAUAAUCCACUGAGCCAAGUGGAACAUGGUCUGAAUCCCAAAUGACUCUCUUCCCUAUAUAGUCCACUGAGCCCAUAGGAACCAGAUCUGAAUCCCAAAUUACUCUAUUCCCUAUAUAGUCCACUGAGCCAAGUGGAACAUGAUUGAAUCCCAAAUGACUCUCUAUUCCCUAUAUAGUCCACUGAGCCAAGUGGAACAUGAUCUGUAUCCCAAAUGACUCUCUAUUCGCUACAUAGUUCACUGAGCCCAGAGGAACCAGAUCUGAAUCCCAAAUGACUCUCUAUUCCCUAUAUAGUGCACUGAGCCAAGUGGAACAUGAUUGAAUCCCAAAUGACUCUCUAUUCCCUAUAUAGUCCACUGAGCCAAGUGGAACAUGAUUGAAUCCAAAAUGACUCUCUAUUCCCUAUAUAGUGCAAUGAGCCCAGAGGAAAGUGGUGAGAAGGGAAUAGGGUGCUGUUUGGGCCAGAAAGGGGCCUGUUGUUUUGCCCGCUUGGUCCAGUGGAAUAUAAUCUAAGGCAUUGUACAUCAAACAGGAUCCACUAUAGAGGAUAUGGGUUACGGUUAGAUGGGGUUGUUAUGGCGUCUGGCUUGGGAGUAGAACACUGUCACUAUUUAACCUUUUUACAUAGUAAUCUGUAUUAUACUAGAAUAGUUUAACACACACACACACACACACACACACACACUGGAUCUAGAUCAGACUGCACUACUAGGACCAACCCUAUGGGUCGUUCUGGAUCAGACUGCACUACUAGGACCAACCCUAUGGGUCGUUCUGGAUCAGACUGCACUACUAGGACCAACCCUAUGGGUCGUUCUGGAUCAGACUGCACUACUAGGACCAACCCUAUGGGUCGUUCUGGAUCAGACUGCACUACUAGGGCCAACCCUAUGGGUCGUUCUGGAUCAGACUGCACUACUAGAACCAACCCUAUGGGUCGUUCUGGAUCAGACUGCACUACUAGGACCAACCCUAUGGGUCGUUCUGGAUCAGACUGCACUACUAGGACCAACCCUAUGGGUCGUUCUGGAUCAGACUGCACUACUAGGACCAACCCUAUGGGUCGUUCUGGAUCAGACUGCACUACUAGGACCAACCCUAUGGGUCGUUCUGGAUCAGACUGCACUACUAGGGCCAACCCUAUGGGUCGUUCUGGAUCAGACUGCACUACUAGGGCCAACCCUAUGGGUCGUUCUGGAUCAGACUGCACUACUAGGGCCAAUCCUAUGGGUUGUUCUGGAUCAGACUGCACUACUAGGACCAACCCUAUGGGUCGUUCUGGAUCAGACUGCACUACUAGGACCAACCCUAUGGGUCGUUCUGGAUCAGACUGCACUACUAGGACCAACCCUAUGGGUCGUUCUGAAUCAGACUGCACUACUAGGACCAACCCUAUGGGUCGUUCUGGAUCAGACUGCACUACUAGGGCCAACCCUAUGGGUCGUUGUGGAUCAGACUGCACUACUAGGACCAACCCUAUGGGUCGUUCUGGAUCAGACUGCACUACUAGGGCCAAUCCUAUGGGUCGUUCUGGAUCAGACUGCACUACUAGGACCAACCCUAUGGGUCGUUCUGGAUCAGACUGCACUACUAGGGCCAACCCUAUGGGUCGUUCUGGAUCAGACUGCACUACUAGAGCCAACCCUAUGGGUCGUUCUGGAUCAGACUGCACUGCUAGGGCCAACCCUAUGGGUCGUUGUGGAUCAGACUGCACUGCUAGGUCCAACCCUAUGGGUCGUUCUGAAUCAGACUGCACUACUAGGGCCAACCCUAUGGGUCGUUCUGGAUCAGACUGCACUGCUAGGACCAACCCUAUGGGUCGUUCUGAAUCAGACUGCACUACUAGGGCCAACCCUAUGGGUCGUUCUGGAUCAGACUGCACUACUAGGGCCAACCCUAUGGGUCGUUCUGGAUCAGACUGCACUACUAGGGCCAAUCCUAUGGGUCGUUCUGGAUCAGACUGCACUACUAGGGCCAACCCUAUGGGUCGUUCUGGAUCAGACUGCACUACUAGGGCCAACCCUAUGGGUCGUUCUGGAUCAGACUGCACUACUAGAACCAACCCUAUGGGUAGUUCUGGAUCAGACUGCACUACUAGAACCAACCCUAUGGGUCGUUCUGGAUCAGACUGCACUACUAGGGCCAACCCUAUGGGUCGUUCUGGAUCAGACUGCACUACUAGGGCCAACCCUAUGGGUCGUUCUGGAUCAGACUGCACUACUAGGGCCAACCCUAUGGGUCGUUCUGGAUCAGACUGCACUACUAGGGCCAAUCCUAUGGGUCGUUCUGGAUCAGACUGCACUACUAGGGCCAACCCUAUGGGUAGUUCUGGAUCAGACUGCACUACUAGGGCCAACCCUAUGGUCGUUCUGGAUCAGACUGCACUACUAGGGCCAACCCUAUGGGUCGUUCUGGAUCAGACUGCACUACUAGGGCCAACCCUAUGGGUCGUUCUGGAUCAGACUGCACUACUAGGGCCAAUCCUAUGGGUCGUUCUGGAUCAGACUGCACUACUAGGACCAACCCUAUGGGUCGUUCUGAAUCAGACUGCACUACUAGGGCCAACCCUAUGGGUAGUUCUGGAUCAGACUGCACUACUAGGACCAACCCUAUGGGUCGUUCUGGAUCAGACUGCACUACUAGGGCCAACCCUAUGGGUCGUUCUGGAUCAGACUGCACUACUAGAACCAACCCUAUGGGUCGUUCUGGAUCAGACUGCACUACUAGAACCAACCCUAUGGGUCGUUCUGGAUCAGACUGCACUACUAGGGCCAACCCUAUGGGUCGUUCUGGAUCAGACUGCACUACUAGGGCCAACCCUAUGGGUCGUUCUGGAUCAGACUGCACUACUAGAACCAACCCUAUGGGUCGUUCUGGAUCAGACUGCACUACUAGGGCCAACCCUAUGGGUCGUUCUGGAUCAGACUGCACUACUAGGGCCAACCCUAUGGGUCGUUCUGGAUCAGACUGCACUACUAGGGCCAACCCUAUGGGUCGUUCUGGAUCAGACAAGGCGACAUUGGGAAUCACCCCACAAAUAUGGUUUUAGGAAAAAAAAAGCAUUUUUAAAAUGUAUUUAAUUUACUGUAAUAAAAAAAUAUAUUGACCAAA